AUGAACGCGCUUUACCUCCUGCUCGCCAUGCUCACGCUCAAACUUGUGGUAACCAUACAUACAAGAACACAGCCCAACUUCCUAAACAGUACCUACCAACUGAACAAAUGCAAAACACUGAACCUACGAAGAAUCUGCAGGAAAAUCAAGCCAAGAAAUAACAAGCUAUUCGUAUCCCUAUUUGACGAAUAUGAUGAAAAGUGCAUAAGGGCACUCAUUAUGGCCAGAGAAGUGGCCAAAAAUCAAAACGAAAAGGAAAUCCAACUAAAGCAUCUCCUAAUUGCCAUCAUCAGAAUUGAUUCCAAUUUAGUAAAACACAUUUUAAACUUUUUCAAUAUCUCCAUAACGACUUUUUUGGAUAAAUUAAAUAAGGAAAUGAAUAACAGGAGGGGGAACACAAGCUUUGGGACCAACCAGGACAAACAGAAUGCCUCCCCAGGGGAGGGGACACCAAUUCAGGAGAUACCAAUUCAGGAGACACCACUUCAGGAGACACCACUUCAGGAGACACCACUUCAGGAAACACCAACAGAUCAACUUCCCCCCCCUGACAACAGCAACAGCAUUGUAGAAGGCGAAAGAUCGCAUCAAUCGAACGAUCCAAACGGAGAGCACAAACUGAUGAAUGCCUUCAUCAACAAACACAUCCAAGACAUAGAGGACAAAAUCAAUCAGCUGAAGAACCUGGACAAGGGACAGAGUGACAUUUCUACUGAGGUCGACGAUGCUGACAGCUCCGUGGAAGGGUCAAACGAAAGGGAUGAGGCAGCUAGGAACCUCAUCCGUGAUGCUGCGAAGCGCGUUUUGGGAGAUCACGCGGGUGAUCUGGAGGACCCCCCCGGUGGACCGCCCCUUCUUGAUCAGGCGACCCCAGGCGAGCUGCCCACCGACUUGCCCAGCGAUUUGCCCAGCGAUGUAUCCAAGGAGUUGUCAAAAGAGCUGUCAAAAGAGCUGUCAAAAGAGUUGUCAAAAGAGUUAUCCCGCCAGUUGCCAAGCGACCUCGCGAACAACCUCCCGAACGACCUCCCCGACGAAAAGGCAGACAUCAAAUUUUCCCAAAACUGCAAGCGAGUGCUUCACAACGCGGUGCUGGAAGCAAGGAGAAAGAAAAAAAUGUUCGUCAACGUGACGGACAUACUGAUCGCCCUCAUCAACAUGGCACAGGAAAACCAAAACUGCGAAUUCUUAAGGUACCUCAGCGAGCUCAACAUAAGCGUAAACGAUUUGAAGAGGGAGCUAACUACGUACGACGAGCAAAAUUGCUUUGCACCCCCCACGGGAAGAGCAAGCCGGAACUCCCAACGAGAUGAUGACCAGAAUACUAACCAUACAGAGAAACGGGAAGAAAAUGGCUCGCACAGAGAAACGUCCGAAAACAGAGAUGAGAAUCAACGAAUGCGCAGCAUGAACAACGAACAGACAAAUCAUCACUUUAUGAACAACCUAAACAAUGACUAUCUGAACCAAUCGAGGGAAUUCAAAAACUACGAGGAAGGUAGCUUCCCACCAAACAAUAAAUUAUUUAGCUCCUCCUAUGUGAAAGAUUGUCUAACUGAUAUGGUCCAAGCAGCGUACGAAAAAGGAGAUGAACAUUUCUUUGGAAGAAAAAAAGAAAUAAAAAGAAUCAUAGAAAUAUUAGGAAGGAAAAAAAAAUCGAACCCAUUACUUAUUGGAGAAAGUGGAGUCGGAAAAACAGCCAUCAUAGAACACUUGUCUUAUUUAAUAUUGAAAGAUAAAGUACCAUACCAUUUGAGGAAUUGCCGAAUCUACCAACUCAACGUUGGUAACAUCGUAGCUGGGACUAAGUACAGAGGAGAGUUUGAAGAAAAGAUGAAACAUCUGCUAAAUAAUAUGAAUAAGAGAAAAAAAAAUAUUCUUUUUAUUGACGAGAUUCAUGUUAUUGUGGGUGCAGAUAAUUUACAAUGUAUUGGCACCACGACAUUUCAAGAGUACACUAAAUAUAUCGAAUCGGAUAAAGCUCUGAGGAGACGAUUUAACUGCGUCCCUGUGAAACCAUUCACCGCCAAGGAGACUCUCCUCCUGCUGAAGAAAAUUAAAUACAACUAUGAAAAGUACCACAAUAUUUACUACACAAAUGAUGCCCUCAAAUCGAUCGUUAUGCUGACGGAGGAUUACCUUCCCACGGCGAAUUUCCCCGAUAAGGCCAUUGACAUAUUGGACGAGGCAGGCGCGUACCAGAAGAUCAAGUACGAAAUGUUUAUGCGGCAGAGGUUGCGCGAUGAGCGUGCCGGACAGGUGGGCGGUAACCAGGGGAGCGGUAACCAGGGGAGCGGCGGCCAGGGGAGCGGCGGCCAGGGGAGCGGCGAUCAGGUGAUUACCCGCCAGGUGAACGCCGCUCAUCUGAGUGGAGACGAGCAUCCACCUGCGAAGCUGCACACUGCUGACAGCGAACCCGCAGACAUCGACGAGGACAGAAAUGUCGAAGCACAGAAUUACCUCCAAAAUAUGCACAUGAAGUACGUCACGUCAGACGUAAUCGAAAAUAUUGUCAGCAAAAAGUCCUCUAUAUCAUACAUAAAAAAAAACAAAAAGGAGGAAGAAAAAAUCAUAAAAUUGAAGGAAAAACUAAGCAAAAUUAUAAUCGGACAAGAAAAAGUAAUCGACAUAUUAUCUAGAUAUCUAUUCAAAGCAAUAACAAACAUUAAGGAUCCAAAUAAACCCAUUGGCACGUUGCUACUAUGUGGGUCAUCAGGGGUUGGAAAGACUCUGUGCGCCCAAGUGAUAUCGAAGUAUUUAUUCAAUGAAGAUAACCUAAUCGUAAUAAACAUGAGUGAGUAUAUAGACAAGCAUUCAGUAAGCAAAUUGUUCGGUAGCUAUCCAGGUUAUGUAGGUUAUAAGGAAGGAGGAGAACUAACCGAGAGUGUAAAGAAAAAACCAUUCUCUAUCAUCCUUUUCGAUGAAAUUGAAAAGGCACAUAGCGAAGUCUUACAUGUUUUGUUGCAAAUUUUGGAUAAUGGAAUCCUAACAGAUUCAAAGGGAAAUAAAGUCUCUUUUAAAAAUACCUUUAUCUUUAUGACAACCAAUGUAGGGUCAGACAUUAUCACAGAUUAUUUCAAACUGUAUAAUAAAAAUUACUCAAAUCUGGGCUUUAAGUAUUACCUUAGUAAGAGUCAAAACAGGGAAGAUACACAUAGUUCUUCCCUCUCAAAGGGGCAACUACCUGAAGGAGUUAACAGUGUAGGUAACUCAGUGGUGGAACAUCCAACUCGAUUAAGUAACAACGGUGGGGCUGACAUACAGAUAGACCACAAAACUUAUGACCACCCCGUGGAGAACCCCCCUAACCAACAACCAAACAGCUACGAAAUUUUUGAGGAAAAACUACGAACCAACAAAUGGUACGAAGAAUUACAACCAGAAAUAGAAGAAGAACUGAAGAAGAAAUUUCUUCCAGAAUUCCUAAACAGGAUAGACGAGAAAAUUAUUUUCCGGCAAUUUCUCAAAAGAGAUAUUGUUAAUAUUUUCCAAAAUAUGAUUGACGAUUUGAAAAAAAGAAUUAAAAAAAGAAAAAAUCUCAAUUUGAUUAUCGAACAAGGUGUUAUUAAAUACAUAUGUAGUGACGAAAAUAAUAUAUAUGACAUGAAUUUUGGUGCCAGAUCCAUUAGAAGGGCACUGUAUAAAUAUAUCGAAGAUCCCAUUGCUUCCUUUUUAAUUUCCAAUUUGUGUGAACCGAAUGAUUCUAUUCAUGUUUCUCUGUCCAGCGAUAACAAAAUUAAUGUGCAGUUGUUGAAGGCAUCCGUAGACCAGCUUGUGUUGUAA